GCCGCUGCGGGCUCGCUUUCUGUCUUAGCGCAGCUGGGCGGCCGCGGUCGGGCUUGCGUCGUGCUGGGGGGGCGGCUGUGGCACAGCCAUCGCUGUUCGGCUGCGUGACUCUCCUUGGCGCGGAGGAGCGCGGCCCGUCGCUCCCCCUCAGGCCCAGCGGCGGCGAUGGGUUCCCGGGCGUCCACGCUGCUGCGGGAUGAGGAGAUCGAGGAGAUCAAGAAGGAGACGGGCUUCUCCCACAGUCAAAUCACCCGCUUGUACAGUCGCUUCACCAGCCUAGACAAAGGAGAAAAUGGCACCCUUAGCCGUGAAGACUUCCAGCGGAUUCCAGAGCUUGCCAUCAAUCCACUGGGAGACAGAAUUAUCAAUGCCUUCUUUCCGGAAGGAGAGGACCAGGUGAAUUUCCGGGGAUUCAUGAGGACGCUAGCCCACUUCCGGCCCAUAGAGGAUAACGAGAAGAGCAAAGACCAGAAUGGACCAGAGCCACUGAACAGCCGAAGUAACAAGCUCCACUUUGCUUUUCGGUUAUAUGAUCUCGAUAAAGAUGACAAGAUUUCCAGGGAUGAGCUGCUUCAGGUAUUACGGAUGAUGGUUGGUGUAAAUAUUUCAGAUGAGCAGCUGGGCAGCAUCGCUGACAGGACAAUCCAGGAAGCUGAUCAAGAUGGAGAUAGUGCCAUCUCCUUUGCAGAGUUUGUAAAGGUUUUGGAGAAGGUGGAUGUAGAGCAGAAAAUGAGCAUUCGAUUUCUUCACUGAUGGAUGGAGAACCUAUUCCUUCCUACCCCUACUAUACAAAGAAUAGAACUUCAUUUUCUCCUUAGCACCUUCCCCCAGAGCAUUACUACUGGUGCAUAUACAGUACAUCUCCAACCCCUCCCUGAUUUGUUCUACCAAUGUGAACAUUCCCUGUGCAUCAGGAACAAAGGGAAAUGGCUGCCAUGCAACUUGGAAAGGAGCAUUUUUUUUAAAAAAAAAUAUUUUCCUUCCUUUUUUUUUACCUUCUCCCUUGUCUCCUUCUGCACUGCUGUUUUGGCAAAAAUGUCUCUCCUUAUGUGCUGCUGUUUAGUCCACAAACUGAUUCUUCUGAGCUCUGAGUCUGAGAAUGGAAAAACUGGAACCCGCCACAGAAGCACCCUAUGAAGCACUUUGGAGACAAGCAUCUUCUCAAAUACUAGGUGUGGUGAUAAUGAUUCACUUUUGCUUCCAGGAGCAACAACAUAUUACAGCUGCCUUUUUUUCUUCCCCCCCCCCCGCCCCUCCUUUCCCAUUUCACUCUUUACAUGCAGAUUUUUCUUCACUGCUUCCAAAUCAGCCUUUUACUUGAGGACUUGUCAAUUUCUAUGGUUUUGUUGUACAACUAGCACUGAAGGCAAGAAGAUAGCCUAGAGUACUUUAAAGUACUGUGAAUAGAUUGUAUGCUUUGUGGGAUGAAUUCACAGGGACAAUAGGAGAAUCUGUGGUGUCCUCAAAAGGAAUAGGAAUUCUGCACUAAGUCACUUAAAUUGUUCCAGUAGCAGAUGCAGAAACUUGUUUCUUUUCUUUGAGUAGCUUGCAGGCUUGACAGCCAGUGGACCAUGAAGUGCCCUCUCCAGGUUGUUUCGCUCUAGGAUCCCUCCUUAACAGGGUGGUUUUGGCUCUGAAAGUGUAAAGUUGUUUACCAGUGUACAUAAUGCAAGAAAACUAGUCAUGCCAAAAUCUGGACUUGCAGUUCUGUCACUGCCCCCUGGUAAUAGUGACGUGAAACAUAGUACUGAUUUAUUAUUUAAUCAUAGUGACCUGGAGAAUCAGUAAUUACUUACAUUUUCCAAUAUGGAAGUCCUGGUUUGUUAGAUUUGUGUUGAGGGUGAUAGCUGUAUUUAUGAAAGCUCUGGCAUGAGAAUAUAAUUUGUGGAAGUGUGUAUUAUGCCAAAUAUUUCAGAAUAUAUUUCUACACAAAUCUCUUUGCAAGUAUAAGAUGAUUAAUACCACUAAUGUAAUACUGAUAAAGUCAAGAGAUCAUAAUUAAUGAAGGCUGAAUAGAGGCAUAAUUUUCUGUGGCUAGAUGGGCAGAUAGUCUCAUUUAGUUUAGCUGGAGCAUCCUACAGUCCGGGAGGUCCUUCCAAUAAAACCAAAAAACCCCGGGAGCUUCUUUAUUGAAGAAUCAGUGUUAUAACUGCUUCUCAUGUCAUGUGUAAACAUUUCUAUAAAUACUUACCAGUCUCAAACUA